CCGUAAGAAGCUUCUGGCCAGGCAAAAUCCACAGUAUUACUGCGACACUUCACCGCGUUUGCACCACCUGCCACUGCAGUUGCGUCGGUGGCCCUAGCUCCUGCCAUAAAUACCCCUCAUCAACACCUCCCCCUCCGAUCGUCAACAAACACCCUUCUUCGUGCCUUCUCACCACGCCCCGAAAAUUUCACCACUGAUCCUCACCACUACACUCACCUACUCGACUGCACACCUCUAAACAUUUCGACACACACACAUCCACACAACAAACAUGCCUUACGAUAAGAAGGCUGUUCAUUUCGGUGGAGGAAACAUCGGCCGCGGCUUCGUGGCUGAGUUCCUUCACAACUCUGGCUACGAGGUCAUCUUCGUCGAUGUCAUGGAUUCGAUUAUCAGUCAACUCCAAGAAACACCAUCGUACACAGUCACCGAGAUCGGUGAUGAUGGCGAGCGCCAGUUCACCAUCGACCACUACCGGGCCAUCAACUCCAAGCACGAGAUGGACAAGGUCGUGCAUGAGAUCGCCACUGCCGAUGUCGUCACCUGUGCCGUUGGCCCCAAUAUCCUCAAGUUUGUCGCUGACCCCGUCGCCAAGGCCAUCGAGGCCCGGGAGCUCGACUACCCCAUUGCCGUCAUUGCCUGCGAGAACGCCAUCAACGCCACAACCACAUGGAAGGGCUUCAUUGAGAGCAAGCUGAGCGAGAAGACCCUCGAGAACAUCGACAAGAAGGCCCGCUACGCCAACUCGGCCAUUGACCGUAUUGUACCCCAGCAGGACAAGGACGCUGGUCUCAACGUCAAGAUCGAGAAGUUCUUCGAGUGGUGCGUCGAGCAGAAGCCCUUCGAGAACGGCGGCAGGAAGCCCGAGAUUGAGGGCGUUCACUACGUCGACGACCUCGAGCCCUACAUCGAGCGCAAGCUCUUCACCGUCAACACAUCGCACGCUACUGCUGCGUACUACGGUCACAACCGCAAGAUCCCAUACAUCCACGAGGUUCUUCACAACAAGGAGCUUCAUGAUAUCGUUCGUGCUGCCGUCAAGGAGACUGCUCAUCUGAUUGUCAACAAGCACGGCAUCUCCACACAAGAGCAGGACGACUACGUCGAGAAGAUCGUCACGCGUAUCUCGAACCCAACCCUCAAGGACAACGUCGAGCGUGUCGGUCGUGCUCCCCUUCGUAAACUGUCUCGCAAGGAGCGCUUCAUCGGCCCUGCUGCUCAGCUUGCUGAGAUGGGUGAGAAGGUCGAUGCUCUCCUCGGUGCCAUCGAGAUGGCCUACCGCUUCCAGAACGUCGAGGGCGAUGAGGAGUCUGUCGAGCUUGCCAAGAUCCUCAAGAACACCUCCGCCGAGGAUGUCGUCAACCAGGUCAACGGUCUCGACCGCACACACCCUCUCUUCAACCAGAUCGUCCCAAUCGUCAAGAAGGUUCAGGAGAGCACCAAGAGCUCUUCGUUGUAGUUCAAGGAAUGGUAAAGGGCGCAUGAAGUGCGUCAAGGCGUGAUUUAUUCCGGCGAAUGGUGCAAACAGGUACUGGGCGAUAGUUCCACUUAGCGGGUCUUUCCUAGUUUCUCACGAUACUCCCACAGCGAUGAUCGCAACUAGCGAGCUGUGACAAUGAAUGAUACAUGAUCGAUGAUACACCUUGCC